AGCCUGGCCAAAGUCUGGUCUAGGUCGUCACCACCACAGGCAGUCAACGCGCCGUCGAAGUAUAUUCUGUCUAUGUUCCCUUACCCGUCAGGCUCUCUACAUAUGGGCCAUAUGAGAGUGUACACCAUUUCUGAUGCGACGGCGAGGUAUUUUCGUUUAAACGGUUUUGAUGUUAUACAUCCAAUUGGUUGGGAUGCAUUUGGUUUACCAGCAGAAAAUGCCGCUCGUGAAAGAGGGGUUGACCCACGACAGUGGACAGUGUCAAACAUCGAGUCGAUGAAGAAUCAGUUGUUACAGACGGGUAUUAUUUUCGACUGGGAUAGGGAACUGUCCACAUGCGACCCAUCAUUUUAUCGCUGGACCCAAUGGAUAUUUCUACGUUUACAUGAUAGAGGACUAGUGAAGCGAAAUUUGGCUGAGGUGCAUUGGGAUCCUGUAGAUAACACUGUACUUGCGGCUGAACAAAUUGAUGCGGAUGGAAGAAGUUGGCGAAGUGGUGCGAUCGCUGAGAAGCGCAAACUGCGGCAGUGGAUGGUGGAGACGCCUCGUUAUGCCAAGCGUCUCAGCGAUGGUCUGCGUCAACUGUCAGGAUGGCACGAAGUGGCCGAAAUCCAAUCGAACUGGAUAGGAAAAUGUGACGUCUAUCGUUUUUUAUUUCCUCUCAGGGUUCGUCACCAACCUAUGGAAGAAAUAUUGGACUUGCGAGUGGAAGAUCCCAUCAGUGUGGCACGUGCUGCGUUCAUUGUCAUUCGCAAAGGACAUCCUUUGUCCGACCACAAUCCAACUUCUCAUUUAUUUCAUCCAGAUCGUCUCGGCCUAAGUGUCCUAAAUGGAAUUACCGGAGUUUGGAUGCCAGUUAUAGUUGUACCGGAUAAUUACGAUGGACCGGCUAUGAAUUUGGAUUCCGGUAAUUAUGGAGGAUAUGUGACGUCUCGAACUUUGCAAGACUGGGUUGUGAGUAGACAACGUUCUUGGGGAACUCCGAUCCCUAUGAUUUUAAGUGCUGAUGGGAAGACGGCGGUACCCCUUUCAGACGAUGAACUACCUUUGAUACAAAGGCAAAGUGCUGAAGGACACACUAGAUACUUUCUUCGACUCUUCUUGAACGAACAUGCUCCUUUGUCUCUCGAGGCGGCGACGAAAAUGCCUGUAGACAUAUACGUCGGCGGCAUUGAACAUGGUUCGAGUUUCCUUCGGCUUUAUUCUAUCAUACAAUUUUCUUUUGUCGGUUUUUUUCCGAAAGCACUUUUUAUUUACACAUGCGAACUUGAACCUUUCAGUAAUCUUAUUCCUCAAGGAAUAGUUCGAGGAAAGACGUAUGUUGACAAACAAGGUCGUUACUUCUCGAAAAGCGAGAUAAUUGUGAAGGGAAUAGAUCCAUUGGAUGUACUGAGUAAGAAUGGUGUAGAUAUAACUCGACUUCAACUAAUCGAUUCUGCAGCUCCCCGUCAACCAGUAAACUGGGAAGAGUCAGACGACAAGGGCCUAAGAAAAUGGAUUGAUCGAGUUGCGUGGAUAGUUUCGGCUUACAAUGUUCCACUCAACACGGAACUCGAGGAGAAAUUAAGAGAAAGCUACAACUUUUUUGUUCGCAAUGUAUCGAUGUGUCUUGAGGUGCUGAACCUUCAUAACACCGCUCUCGCACGGCUUCAAGGACUUACGAAUUCUCUUAGGAAACUUGACACAUCAGUACUGGGAUCAAGUCUAGAGGCUGAGCGAAGCAUAUAUGCCUUAGUUACGAUGAUGCAGGUUUUCGUACCGUACACGGCAUCUGAACUUUGGGCAGCACUUCAAUCGACCGUCUCACCACCUUUCUUUGUAGAUGAAAUGUCGUGGCCCCAGGUGGAUCCUGAUUGCAGCAUAGACUUCAUGAUUUUAGUGGAUGGAAUUGGUUGCGGGCGAAUGCCUGUGCCGCGUAAAGAAAUUGAGCACUUACCUCUUGAAAAGCUUCUUGACCGUGCGAAAACUCAAGAGCACCGGAAUUUUUUCGAGAAAAUGACAGAGAAAAAUUUCGUGUUUCAAUCUGUGACAGUCACCAAACGGAAUGGUAAGUGGUUUGUACAACCAAGCAUUUAUUCAUACCUUAGCAUUUUCUGCUGUUUUGAAAAGAAAAAGAGGACUUUUGUUUCGUCGAGUAUUAUUGGGAGUUAUGUUGGAAAAUAUCCGGAUUGUUCAUUCAUGUUAGUAGCAGUUAAAUGA